AUGUCGAGGGCUCUACGCAACUUUCUUCUUCUCAUCUCCACAGGCUCAAAACUCGUCUCCUUUAACCGAAAAAUCUUAACCUUACCCAUAGCGAGAAGUAGUAGGAGUUAUGUAUUGAAAAGCUCUUUAGGGUUUGAUCCGAUAGACAAACAGCUCAAAGUAUUGUGCACAACCAAGACAUAUGAAGAUUAUCAGACUAAGGUGGAGCAUCACGUUCUAACUCUUGGAAGUGGAAGAAGACUCAAAUGGAGAAAGGUCAAAUGUGCUCUACAACGUUUUGAUGAGAUACAUCGUAGAGAUUGGAUAUGCAUCAACGGUGUUUUGUAUUAUUUGAUUGUGGUUAGUAGUGAUGAGCACUACCAAGAAGAGUUUCCGGAUAUAGUUUGCUUCAAUGUUAGGUCUGAGAAAUUCAGUUACGUCAAGAAAGACAUGGAACUUGCUACCGCGAGAGGAAAUCUUGAUUCAGCUCUAGCAAACUACAAAGGCAAACUAGCUAAGCUUGAGGCAGACGUUUGUUUGGAUACCGGAAUCAUCACAAGUAUUAAAAUGUGGGUUCUACAAGACGCCGAGAAACAUCAAUGGUCGGGUUACUUAUGCCUACGACUUGCCUCCUCCUUGGAAGACAAUAGUUGGAUGCCCUAA